UUUCUCUCUGUUUCUUUCUCUUCGAUUUGGUUGCUAAUUUUGUUGAUUUGAUAUAUAGUUUUUGAAUCUGUGUUUGUUGAUUGGUGUUCUGAAAAGGGUUUUUUUUUUUUUUGGAUCUUAGGGUUUUUUAGGUUGAUUGAGUAUCUGGGUAUUACUGGAAAUUUGAAAUUGUUGGAGGGUUUUUGAGAAAAUGGAACCGUCUUCGUCUUCGCCGGAGUUUGAUUACUUGUUUAAGCUGUUGUUGAUUGGAGAUUCAGGAGUAGGGAAGAGUAGUUUGUUGCUCAGUUUCACUUCUGAUGCCUUUGAGGAUCUUUCUCCAACUAUUGGUGUGGACUUCAAGGUAAAACAUGUCACCCUCGGGGGGAAGAAGUUGAAGCUUGCUAUAUGGGAUACAGCUGGACAGGAAAGAUUUAGGACUUUAACGAGUUCAUACUACCGAGGAGCUCAAGGAAUAAUCAUGGUUUAUGAUGUAACAAGGCGAGACACAUUCACUAAUCUCUCUGAUAUAUGGGCCAAAGAAAUCGACCUGUAUUCAACAAAUCAGGAGUGCAUCAAGAUGCUUGUUGGCAACAAAGUUGAUAAGGAGAGUGAAAGGGUUGUCAGCAAAAAAGAGGGAAUUGAAUUUGCCAGGGAAUAUGGAUGUCUUUUCAUCGAAUGCAGUGCAAAAACAAGGGUUAAUGUGGAACAGUGCUUUGAGGAGCUUGUGCUGAAGAUUCUGGACACUCCAAGUCUCUUGGCUGAAGGUUCAGCUGGUGUCAGGAAAAAUAUAUUUAGACAGAAACCUCCGGAAUCUGAUGCAUCAACAAGUGGCUGUUGUUGAGAUGGAUGUCUCCUUGUUUUCUUCAUGCUUUCCCUUUCUUUUGUAAAACAAAAUGAUGUAAUUACUUGGA